AUGUCAAUGAGAAAUCGCACUCCAACAGCGCCAUCGCUAGUGGGCAGCAAGGUUCGGUCUCCCAUUGCACGCACGAACAGUCGAGACAAAGCGUUUCAUGCAAACGGUAAGAAUGCCAAGACAGCCGUCAUUGCCGUUGGCUUGGCAUUGCUGGGUCUGCUUGCCGUUGCACUCAUGGGAAGUGGCAGUAAAGCUAGUACUGAUACUAGUAGUACUGUCACCAUGAAUCCCAAUUCAGUCCGAAGGCUCCAACCACCUUCACCUCAGCAACAAGAAAGCAGUACAAGUACAAGUACAAGUACAAGUUCAGGCAGUACAAGUACCAUUGAAAAGCAAAUGCAAGAACAACUCAAGCAAGAAGCUCGCAAGGCUGCCCAAGAGCACCAUGACAGAGAUCAGGCCAAUGUGGUCAACAUCAAUAAGAAUGCAGAGUUCAAAGAUGGAAAACUCAUUGUCCGUGAUGCCGAUGGUGAUAUUGUGGAGGAUGACAUGCUGGCCAAAGAUAUUGCGGCUGGAAGAGACGUUGACUUGCAUCAGCGAAAAGAAGAAGAAGAAGAAACAGACGUUGCUGUGGGAGAAAAUCGAUGGAAAAAUUCCAACAAAAUUCCACAGUGGCUCAAAGAAUACUUUGAAUGGCACGUACAAGUUACGGCUCAGCUCAACAAGGACAAUUGGAGAGAACAACGAUAUCUCGUCAUGACAUGUUUGGGGGGAGAAGUGUGUGGAAAUGUCGCUCACAGACUCAGACCCAUCAUGGCCAUGUUGCGUGUUGCCGCCGAUUCUAAACGGGUCUUCUGCAUUCACUGGGAUUUGCCGGAUCGAUUGGAAAAAUACCUCCAUCCACCCCAGCAUGGAGGCAUUGACUGGAUUGUACCGGAAUUCAUCAUGUGGAAGAUACGAAAGUCAGCACACCAAACCGACAUCAACAUCAUCGAACAACAAGCCUCCCAGGAUGACAGACGAGUUGUCAAUGUCAUGUACAAUGACGACACAUUUGCAGAACCAUACUACAACGACAGGCGCAAGGAGGGAGAAAAGGCGGCAUCUGAAGUAUUCAAGGAUACAUGGAAUGUGCUAUUCAAGCCUAGUUUCAUGCUCACCGAACGUGUCACAGAGUCUCUCAGACUCAUGGGAUUGGGAGCUGGAGAGUAUGCCGCGGCUCAUAUUGACUACGAUCAGGUGCCACAAAAUGAUGCCGAACAAGAAGAACUCAGACUCAAGGUAGAACAUGCCAUGAACUGCCUGUCCAAGUUGCGACCCGGUGGUCCGUAUUUUGUGGCGGCUCAAACCUAUCCCAUUGCCAGAGAAGCCAUUGUCUACGGAAAUCAUCACAAUGUCGUAGUUCAUUCAAAACAAAUUGCACAUGAUACCAGUACAGUGCCUACAGAUCUUUUCACAAGUUUUGUCGAAAUUAUGCUCAUGGCAAAUGCAAGGUGUGUAGCAUUCAAUAGAGGGGGGUAUGGACAACUGGGAUACCUACUGGGAUACAACUACAACUGUCGGGUCAAGUACUCCGUCGAAAAAGAAUGCCAGUGGGUCGAUCCUCCCCCCGCCACCGAAGAACGGGAAAAGGUCGUCAAGGAUGAAAAAUAG